AUGCCCACACUCGGGAGUCAGCUCGAUGUCCAGGUACCAUCGGGCCAAACUGGAGACCUCCCAACGCCAACGCGAACACUAGCCAGCAACCCUGUCGGGCCCAAUGGACAGUGUCGGGCAGACACCAGGGCUGUGUCCCGGCCAUCCUUCGGCCGCAGCCUCUCAGCUCGCCUUGCGACCCUCCACGACCGAAGCCGCGCGAUAACGAGCGAGGACGAGAAGGGCCCAGACGAACGCCGAACGCAUGCAGAAGCAGAUGAAACGGAGACUCCAGGAUCGUCUCCCUGGCCGAGCAUCCUAGCAGCAGCAGCAUCUUCAUCCCAGCAACAUCCCUAUCCUGGAGCGGCUACGGGCGCUGAACACGCGAUGGCAGACCGAGCCACGGUUAUAGACACGGUUACAGACACGGUUACAGACAUGAGACCAGCGCUGAGACGAGCAAAUGCGGCGGGAGUUCUCGCGGGACCCCGGAUCCACCCGUUCGCCUUCUUGCUCUUGUUACUUCUUGUACUUCUACUUCGACCUCUCGCCCUUUCUCUUCCUCUUCGCCAGCAUAUCUUCCUCUCUUUUCUUCUUCCGACCCGGCCUCUUAAGAUCCUCAUCAUGGCGCCCGCUGCCCUCUCGACCGUCGCCCGCGACCGCCUAGACACCGUCUCCCGUCACAUCAUGACGCCCAGCUUCUUCACCACCUCGGCUGUCCCCAAGGCCCCCGAGGACCCUCUCUUCGGCCUCGCUGCUGCGUGCAGAGCUGACACUUCAGACAAGAAGAUCGAUCUCGGCAUCGGUGCCUACAGAGACAGCAACGCGAAGCCCUGGGUGCUUCCCGUCGUCAAGAAGGCCGACCAGCUGCUGCGAGACGAUCCCAAACUCAACCACGAAUACCUCCCAAUUGCCGGACUGAAGGAGUUCACCACCGCUGCUCAGAAGCUGAUCCUCGGUGAAAACUCGCCCGCCAUCAGAGAGAAUAGGGUCGUCACUUUCCAGACCAUCUCUGGCACCGGUGCCGUCCAUCUCGGCGGCCUCUUCAUCGCCAAAUUCUUCCCUUCCUCCCCCAAGCCAACCAUCUACCUCUCCGACCCAACAUGGCCAAACCACCCACAGAUCUUCAAGACCGUCCACCUCGAGUCCGCCUACUACCCUUACUUCAACCCGGCCAACAAGGGACUCAACCUUGAGGGCAUGCUCAAGGCCAUCCGUGCCGCUCCCUCUGGCUCCGUCAUCCUCCUGCACCCUUGCGCACACAACCCAACCGGCGUAGACCCCACGCAGCACCAGUGGAAGCAGAUUGCUACCGUCAUCCGUGAACGCAACCACUUCCCCUUCUUCGACUGUGCCUACCAGGGUUUCGCCUCCGGUGACCUUGCCCGUGACUCCUGGGCUGUCCGCUACUUCAUUGCCGAAGGCUUCGAGAUGUGCAUCUCCCAGUCCUUCGCCAAGAACUUCGGUCUCUACGGUGAACGUGCCGGAGCUUUCCACUUCAUCACCGCUCCUGGGCCCAAUGCCGCAGAGGCUCUGUCGAACGUCGCCUCUCAGCUCGCCAUCCUGCAGCGUUCCGAGAUCUCUAACCCUCCCGCCUACGGUGCCCGCAUUGCGUCUACCAUCCUCAAUGACCCUACCCUCUUCAAGGAGUGGGAAGAGGACCUGCACACCAUGAGCGGCCGCAUCGUCGAGAUGAGGCAGGGUGUACGGGAGCGUCUCGAGGAGAAGGGAACCCCUGGAACCUGGGACCACAUCACCAACCAGAUCGGCAUGUUCAGCUUCACUGGCCUGACUGAGCAGCAGGUCAUGAUCUUGCGUGAGAAAUGGCAUAUUUACAUGACCAAGAACGGCCGUAUCUCCAUGGCUGGCCUAAACGUUAACAACAUCGACUACUUUGCCGAAGCAGUCGACGCCGUCGUUAGAGAGACAACCAAAUAG